AUGACUUCUCUUGGCUACGCCCAGGCCUAUGGCGUCGUGACCGGCCUCAAGACGGCCUCGGACGUCCACCCGCGCCGUGAGAUCGAUGAUCUCGUGGUGAACGAGCCUGAAAUGUUCAAUCUGUUCUUGCUUGCGCUCGAGGCUCUUCAAAGGGACUAUGGAGGCUGGCAGGACAAGAUGUCCUACUUCCAAGUAGCCGGUAUCCAUGGACUCCCUAAGCGUGAAUGGGAUAAUGUUCGUGGAGACCAGAAGGAGGUUGGGGGAUACUGCACCCACAACUCGGUUCUUUUCCCGACAUGGCACCGUCCCUACUUGGCCAUGAUGGAGCAAACCAUCUACAACACCAUGGAGCAACUCGCUGCGCAGUUCGACGACCCCAAGUACCGCGUUGCCGCUCAGAAGUUCCGGCUCCCAUACUGGGACUACUUCCACCCACGUGAGGAGAAGAACACCGUCUUUCCCGGCAUUGGUCCCGGCGGAAAAACAUGCUUCCCCUACGACUUCCGCCUCCCUUCGGUGCUGAAAGAACCGCAGUUGAUGGUCUACAGGCCCAAGACGCAAGAGCCCAACGACGAGGCGUGCCCCGUGCCAAUGGACAACCCACUCAAGUCCUUCGUCUUCCCGACCACAGGCAGCAUCGCCCCCAACGAGUGGGCGGUCAUGGAAGCCGAGGAGAAAGCCGCGGCAAGAGGCGGCCCGACCUUCACCGUCGCCCAAACCCACACCGUCCGCCACGCCCGGCCGGAAAACAACAACGUCGACGACUUCGACGCGCUGGACCUCGUGCUCAACCGCGACCGCGAGGCCGAGCUCCGCAUCAUGCUCGACCUGAUCGAGACGGCCCCAUACGCCGACUACCGCAACUUCGCCACAUCCGCCUUCUCGGACGCGCCCAACGCGACCAGCGGCUCGCUCGAGGACUUCCACGGCUCGUACCACGUCAACAUCGGCGGCGCAGGACACAUGUCGCGCAUCCCAGUCGCAGCAUUCGACCCCGUAUUCUGGCUGCACCACGCCAACAUCGACCGCAUCUUCACCAUCUGGCAAGCGCUCCACACCGAGUUCCUCCCCGCCCACUCGCCGACCCCCUCCCUCCCCAACGCCACCACCAACCUCUACCCCUUCCGCCGCGCCAUCGUCAACGGCCAGACCUGCUUCUGGACCUCCGCCGACGCCCGCGACACCCGAUCCUUCGGCUACACCUACCCCGACCUGCUCGACGGCGGUGCCGACCGCGCCACAAUCCUCGCCAACUUCGACGCCAACUACCGCUGGAGCCUGCAGCGCGCGCCGGCUGGUGGACGUCGUCAUCAGCAGCAGCAGCAGGGGGGCCGCAGCAGCAACAACAACGUCCCCAGCAAGAUGAAGCCGCGAGACGUGCGGGGCGCGCAGGUGUUCCGGUUCCAGGGGUGGGAGGCGAGGCUGGGGGUGAGGGUGGUGGAGGCGGCGGCGGCGCCGCGGGAGGAGGAGCAGCGGAUGCAGCUGACGGCGCACGGUGGGGAAGGGUACGGCGCGCACACGCCGAAGCCGGAUUACACGGGCUCGGGAUAUCUCGGCGAGAUCAAGGGCCAUCGGAAGCGGGAUAGCGCGUAUGGAGGGGGGGAUGGCGCGGGCGGCGGCUCGACGUGGGGAGGCGGUAGUACGUGGUCGUCGGAGGAGCGGCGGAUGGAGCAUAGUGAGAGUAGUGGGGCCAGCGCGUAUGGUAGCAGCAGUGCGUGGGGCGGGAGCAGCAGCAGCGCGUAUGGUGGUGGCAGGGACACGCCCCGGACGGACUACUCUGGCGGCGGCAAGCCCGGUGGUGGUGGGUAUGGCGGUCAGGAGUCCCAGAACAAGGGCUUUGAGGGCCAUGGGAGUCGUGGAUAUGGUGAGUCCCAGAACAGGGGCUUCCAAGAACAGCAGAGUGGCGGCCACGGCGAGUUCCAGAACAAAGGGUUUGAGGGACACCAGGCUGGCAGCUACCGCGGCAACGAAUCCCAAAACAAGGGGUUUGAAGGACACCAGGCUGGCGGCUACCGUGGCAACGAAUCCCAAAACAAGGGCUUCGAGGGACGCCAGUACGGCGGUGGCGACCAGCAGCGCCAGAUCAGCAGCUACACCGGCGGCGGCAGCGGCAGCAGCAGCAGUGAGCACCAACAACAGCACCAGAGCAGCGCCUACAACACGAGCAGCAGCAGCGAGACCAAAGCCGGCAGCUACACUGGCGGCAGCACCAGCACCGCCCACCAGCAGACCACCAGCAGCAGCCAUGGCGGCACCGCCACCGUGCACUGCUCCAACUGCGGCGCCCAAAGCAUGCACUGCCGCAGCUGCGGCGGCAGCAACGUCCACUGUCUCGACUGCACCAACAAGCCCGCGCCUCAGAAACCAGAACCCGGCCGCAGCUAUGGCGGAAUCAAGGAACCGCAGAACAAGGGCUAUCACCCGGCCUCGCACCAGGUCGGCGGCUACGACGGCGGCGCUGCGGUGCGCAAGAUCGGCGACUACGCAAGCACCGCGCACGACAGCCGUGGCAGUGGCUACAACACCAACACCAGCGCGUACCACGCCAGCAGCAGCAGCAGCAGCAGCGCCUACGCGAAUGCCGCGCAGCAGACCAGCAGCUGGGGCAGCAGCGAGUACAAAGCCGGCAGCAGCUGGGACAGUCCGCUGCAGAAGGUCGGCGGCUACAGCGGCGAGCCGCAGAACAAGGGCUUCCAGCCUCAGGGCGGCAGUGCCCAUCAAUCUGGCGGUGGCUACGGCGGCGGCAGCUCCGAGUCCCACAACAAGGGGUUCCAGGGUGGUGGUGAGUACCAGGCUCGCGGGGGCGGCGGCUGGGGAAGUGGAGAGUCCCAGAAUAAGGGGUUCGGUGGCGGCCAGUACCAGGCUGGCGGCGGCUAUGGAGGUGCCUCGGAGUCGCAGAAUCAAGGAUUCAACCCGGGUGCUGCACACCAACCCAGCGGCGGUGGCUUUGUCGAUGUCGGCGGCAGCGCUCACGAGGCUGUCGGAAGUCGGGGACCUCAAGACAAGAGCCACGGCGACGCCGGUAGAGGUCAUCACGAAAGGAGGGGGGAGUUUGGUGGACGCCCGCAGGAAAAGAAACACUGUGAUGAGAGGACGCAGUGCCACAAGUGUGGAGGCAAGGACCACCGGGGCGACAACUGCAACAAACAGCCCUCGCACGAGAACAAGGGUUGUCACAAGUGUGGAAGCAAAGAUCACCGGGGCGACAACUGCCACAGACAGCCCUCGCACGAGAACAAUGGUUGUCACAAGUGUGGAAGCAAGGACCACCGGGGCGACAACUGCAACAGACAGCCCUCGCACGAGAACAAGGGUUGCCACAAGUGUGGAAGUAAAGAUCACCGGCCCGAGACCUGCAACAAACCUCACCACGAGAACAAGCCCUGCGACAACAAGACACAAUGCAACAAAUGCGGCAGCAAGGACCACCGCACCGAGACCUGCACCAGCCCCUCACACUGUACCAAGUGUGGCAGCAAAGACCAUCGGACCGAAGGCUGCAGCACGAGCACACACUGCACCAAGUGCGGCAGCAACACUCACAAGACCGAGACCUGCGGCAGCAACGUGCCUCAGCCAGGCCCGUCUGGCCCUGGGACUACCCCCCACUGUGCCAAGUGCGGCAGCAACAACCACCACACCGAGGGCUGCGGCGGGCCAGUUGCACCGCAACCCGGUCAUGGCCCUGCCGAGGGUACCUCACACUGCAACCACUGCGGUAGCAACACCCACCAUACCGGAGCCUGCAACAGCAGUGGACCUCAGCCCGGCACCUGGGGCGGUAAUACCUCCCACUGCACCCACUGCGGCAGCAACGCGCACCACACUGGCGCCUGCAGCAGCGGCGGCGGCCAAACCACGCACUGCCACAACUGCGGCACCGCACACCAGAACCACGGCUUCGGCGCCAACACGCGCUGUACCAACUGCGGCUGUGAAAGACAACACGCAGGAGGCAGCGGUGGAGGUGCACACAACACCGGCGGAAGCACCGCGUUCGACAGCAGCGGACAGCACGGCUGGACUGGCGGGUUCGAAAACGCCGGACACCAAGCCAGCAGCUGGAACAGCAGCAACAACGCCGCCUGCAGCAACACCAGCAGCAGCACCAACCACGGCUGGACACAGGGGUUUGAAAACGCCGGACACCAGGCCAGCAGCAGCUUCCACGGCGGUAGCGGCAGCAGCAACAACCACGGCUGGACCCCCGGAUUCGAAAACGCCGGACGGCAGAUCAGCAACUUCAGCGCCCCAGGAUCAUCGCAGAACCAAGGCUUCCAAGACCAGAGCCAGAACCAGGGCUUCAACGACGACCGCGGCCCGCAACCCCAGCACGGCCCAGACCACAUCCCCUCGUUCCGCAAGGGCGACGAGAUCCUCUGCAAAGAGCCGCCAGGCAGCCGCCUCUCGCUGAACUGGUACAUCGACACCGAAGUCAACAAAGACGCCCUCAACGGCGCCUUCACCAUCUACUUCUUCGUCGGCGAAGCCAGCGCCAUCCCAGCCGCGCCCGCGCAGUGGCAGUCCGCGCCCGUGUUCGCGGGGGUGACGCACGUCUUCGCGGCGCCGCGCGAGGCGUGCGACAACUGCGCGCUGCAGGCGGACGAGGGGCUGCGGGUGACGGGGACGAGUGUCGUCACGCCGAUUUUGUUGGACUACGUCGAGGCGGGGUAUGAGGGCGGAGGGGGAGGGGGGCCAAGGUUGGGCAGUUUGAGCCCGAAUGAUGUGGUGCCGUUUUUGAGGAGGGGGCUGGCGUGGAGGGUUGCGGAUGCCAACCGCUGUCAGGCGGAUCCGGCGCAGGUCGCUGGCUUGAAGAUCUCGGUCAGCGCGACGAUUUCCGUCGUGAGGCCCGAUUCCACUAUUUCGCAGUUCAAGGAGGCCAUGUUCUUCCCGGAGGUCACCGACGGCCGCCGGUCUGGCGAUCCCCCGGCUGCGUGGUAG